UGAAAAUGUACUAAAAUAAAGUAACUUAUUACGUCAUCCCAAUCUUAAUUAAUAUUGUUUGAAUUAAUCCAGUGCGGUGCCUCAUUUUUUUUAGUGUAAGUAUUGCAUAUAUUUUCUGUUUUCAAGUAUUCAUGGAACUUUUCAAAUGAACAUGGAUUGGACAGUUUGAGAUAACUAUAGGGGGAACAACCGCAUGACCAGAGGGGAAUCCCUGAAACUUAAAUUUCAACGCAAGCCAACUGGCGCAAAAAACAGGUAAAAUGUGUUUUAGUUCAAACUACAAGGUCUUAGUGGCCUUAAUUUGCAUUGUUUCGAUGUUGAAAAAUACGUGCCAAGGUGCUGACGAGUAUCUCGAAGCAAGAUGUAAAUUGUUACGCGACGAUGAAGGUGAAUUUAGAGGGUCCAAGUUGAAUUUAAGCGAAAGCGAAGGGAAAGUUAACGAGUAUUUAGUGAGUUUGAAGCUAAAAGAACUGGAGGAGUCUUAUGGGAAUUUUAGUGCUUAUUUGCCUGAAAGGAACUUUUUGGAUGCUAAGGAGGAUAUUGAACAGUCAAAGGUGUUCCAAUUUAUUCAAAAAAUCCCUAAAGGCACCUCCUUGCACACCCAUCUACUUGCUGCAGUCAACGUAGACUACAUCAUCCAGAACUUCACUUAUAUGGAAAACCUAUACGGUUGCACCAACUUCUUCAACAUAUUUAAAUUAAAAUUUUUGGAAAACUCUAAGCAAGAUUUAAAUUGUUCCUGGAAAAGUUUAAAGACGUACAGGCAAGAAAAUCCAAAUUUUGAUGCUUUUCUCAAGAAUUGUUUAGCUUUGGGCAAAGAAGCCGUGAAUCAAACUCGGAAUGAGGUUUGGAGUGAGUUCAAAAACACAUUUUCCAGCUUGUACGAUUUUGCUUCUCACAGGCCGGUAUUUAAGCUGUAUGUUAAGCAACUUUUAGAGGAAUUGUGGGUGGAUAAAGUAAUCUAUACUGAAUUAAGAGGAACAUUUAUGCCUCUUUAUGAUUUAAAUGGAACAACUUAUAAUACGAAAAUGUUUCUGGAUACUCUUAUAGAAGCUGUGGAUGAUUUUAAAACAUCUCAUCCUGAUUUUUUGGGUAUCAAAUACAUUCUAAAUUUGUACAGAGGAGUGGAUAAUAAUACUUUGAAAUCAACAUUGGAAGAAUUGAUUUAUUAUAAGAGUUUGUAUCCAGAUUUAAUUGCAGGUUUUGAUUUUAUCGGUUUGGAAGAAGAGGGUAAAAACUUGGUAGAUUUUCACGAGGAACUUUUGAAGGUGUCAAAAGAUUUGCAGUUUUUCUUUCACGCAGGCGAGACCAAUCAGUUUGGCCAUACUGACUUGAAUUUGGCCGACGCUAUUUUGCUAAACGCUACGAGAAUUGGUCACGGAUUCGCUUUGGUCAAACAUCCACAACUAUUGGAAGAAGCUGGAAAACGUGACAUUGCUGUGGAGUUGUGUCCGAUAUCCAAUCAAGUGUUGAAAUUGAACAAAGACCCUAGAAACCAUCCAGCAACAAUUCUCCUAGCAAAAGGCCAUCCAGUAGUAAUUUGCAACGACGACCCUUCAGUUUGGGGCGCCACCGGAUUAAGUUACGACUGGUACGUCACGUUCAUGUCGAUGACGUGGCAAAAUCACGGCCUCAAAAUCCUGAAACAAUUCGCCAUCGAUUCGAUCACAUACAGUGCAAUGAGCGAAACUGAAAAAAUCGAGGCUUUUGAAGUUUGGACUAGGAUGUGGGACGAGUUUAUCGAGGAGGUGAUAUGUAGAAAUAAAUUGUGAUAAUCCUAUGGUUUAAUUAAUCAAGAAUUAUUCAAUAAGAUCCUAAUCUAUCAAGCUCUGUGCAGUAUUUGAUUGAUUACAAUAUUGAAGAUGCUAUAAUAAGCCAUAUUACAUUUAUAAAUGUGAAAUAAUAAUUCAUUCACAAUGAAAAUGUUGGUUUUUUCAAUAUAGAAUAAAAUGGUAGCUUUCUCUAAAGGGUUGGUUGCCCUGACUUAAAGAAAAACAUGGUUCAAGAAAAUAUAUUUGAAUUUAUUAUACAAAUUAUAAUACAUAAUCAGUUCAUGGUCUGAUUCCUGGAUCGUCAGGAUCGAUGCACCCGACAGGUUCUGGGAAGCACAUACUGUCCAUAAUUCUCAUGAAAUUCAAAGUUGAUUUCCUUAAGCGAAUAGCUUCUUGAUUGUCAACAAAAUAAUUGAAAAUUUGUACUGCUAGCUCACCAUUUUCAGAA